CUCCGUUCAGCGAGAGAGACCCUCCCCAGCUGGUGUGCGCCAGACGUGCGGUCCUCGCCGCUCGGAGGCGCCUCCCAGGCAGGACGAGCCGCAGGAGGCCGGGUCGGGGCCUCCGCGUCUCGUAGCCUCCGCCCCGCCCACAGAGCCCAAUGGCGGCGGCCGCGCGGAGGCUCCCUGCUUAGGUUGCUGCUGUGGAGCUGAGGAUGUCAAGGGAUCCAUUGAACAGAAUGUUCUGUAAGAGUCUCACAAGCUAAAAUCCCAUCAGCACUGCCUUCCCAGAGGAGCCACCCCUGUAAGAGUUGUGAGCCUGUCUUGAGAGACAUUUUCUUCUUGGUUGACCAACAGGGAACACAACACAGACAGAAAUUGCUGUGGUGUGGGGCAUGUACAAAAUAAUUUUAUUUCAGUGCAAAGUGUCACGAGCACCUGGAGGAGCACCGAACAAAAAAUUGUUUCACAAGCACUGUGGACAGGGUCUCACUUGCAAAGACCUGCAAUUUCCAUUUGUCAUGGAGGCCUUAUACCUCUAGUUAGGCUGGAAAAUACUUUGCUCAGAACUUAUUGAGCAAGUGGCUAUUCACACCAUGCACAGGGAAAAUGAAACCUCUAAGUCUGGAAUGACUUUUCAAAGUACAAACUGUCACAACCCAGGAGAAGGUAAAAAAGCCGUUGGCUGUGAUGACACACUUGUUGAGGAUCAGGAUUUUCUUACUGGAAGACAGUAUUAUUUGUGUUGUGAAUGUGGCAAAUCUUUUACCAGUAGCUCUAACCUCCAUGAUCAUCAGAGAGUUCACACUGGAGAAAGGCCUUAUGAGUGCUCAGAAUGUGGGAAAUCUUUUAAAAGGAAAUAUCACUUUCAUUGUCAUCAGAGAGUUCACACUGGAGAAAGGCCAUAUGAGUGCUCAGAAUGUGGGAAGUCUUUUACCUGUAGCUCUCACCUUCAUUGUCAUCUGAGAGUUCACACUGGAGAAAGUCCUUAUGAGUGCUCAGAAUGUGGGAAGUCUUUUACCAGUAACUCUGACCUGCGUAAACAUCAGAGAGUUCACACUGGAGAAAGGCCAUAUGACUGCGGUGAAUGUGGGAAAGCUUUUACCAAUAGUUCUGCCCUCCGUGAUCAUCAGAGAGUUCACACUGGAGAAAGGCCGUAUGACUGCGGUGAGUGUGAGAAAUCCUUUACCAAUAGGUCUGCUCUCCAUUGUCAUCAGAGAGUUCACAAUGGACAAAGGCCUUACGAGUGCCGUGAAUGUGGGAAAUCUUAUACUAGUAGCUCUGCUCUCCGUUAUCAUCAGACAGUUCAUACUGGGGAAAGGCCUUAUGAGUGCAGUGAAUGUGGAAAAUCUUUUACCAGUAGGUCAGAUCUCCGUAAACAUCACAGAGUCCACACUAAAGCAAAGCCAUAUGAGUGCAUUGAAUGUGGGAAAUCUUUUACCAGUAGCUCUGACCUCCGUAAACAUCAUAGAGUUCACACUAAAGCAAGGCCUUAUGAGUGUGGUGAAUGUGGAAAAUCUUUUACUAGCAGUUCUGACCUAUGUAAACAUCACAGAGUUCAUACUGGAGAAAGGCCUUAUGAGUGUGGUGAAUGUGGAAAAGCUUUUACCAGUAGUUCUGCCCUCUGUAAACAUCACAGAGUUCACACUGGAGAAAGGCCUUAUGAGUGCAGUGAAUGUGGGAAAUCUUUUAAGAGGAAAUAUGACUUUCAUUGUCAUCAGAGACUUCACACUGGAGAAAGGCCUUAUGAGUGCAGCGAAUGUGGGAAAUGCUUUAUAAAACGCUCCAGCCUUAUUCAACACCAUCGAGUUCAUUCUGGAGAAAAGUCUUAUGAGUGUGGCAAAUGUUGAAAAUCUUUGAGCCGAAGCGCUAACCUCGUUUAGCACCACAGAGUUCACACUGGAGAAUGAUUGUAGUGAAUGUGGGGAACCUUUUACCAGUAGAAGUAAUCUCUGUUAUCAUCAAAGUUUUUACACUGGAGAACAACCAUAUGAUUGCAGUGAAUGUGGAUAUCUUAGACACUAGCCAUAGUCUUUGUUACCAUCAGAGAUUUCACACUGGACAAAGGCCUUAAAAGUGCAGCAAAUAUGAGAAAUUCUUUUUCAUUAGCAGUGAUGUUUACAAUCAGAGAGCUCCCACAGGAGAAGGGCGGUAUGAGUGCAGUGAAUGUGGGAAGAUUUUUAUCAGAAACUUUGACCUUCGUUGUCAUUAGAUGACUUACAAUAAAGAUUUUUAGAACUUUUUUUUUUUUUUUUUUAAUUUUCACCUGUGGACAGGUUUAUUGAUUUUAGAGAGAGAGAAGGGAGAAAGAGGGGGGAAAACGUGAGAAAGAAACAACAACUGGUUUUGUGUUGUAUGUGCCUUGAUUGGGAAUCAAACCCACAGCCCAGGUAUGUGCCGUGCCUGGAAUUGGACUCGCAACUUUUUGGUGCACUGAACAAUGCUCCAACUUACUGAGUUGUCCUGCCAUUGCUGGAGGAAGUACUUUGGAGUGUAGAGAUGUGCAAAUUUGAAUCAGAAACUGACCUUCAUUCUCAUCAGAGAGUUCAUAUUGGAGAAAGGCCUUAUGAGUACAGUGAAUGUGGGAAACAUUUUGCCCAAAAUGCUAGCCCAUCUUUGUACAUGAUAGUUCACAUUGGCAGAAUUUCUUAGAUAUAUAUGAAAUGUACUAUUUCCUUAUUUAGUGUUAACAACACUGAAGGAAACUGAUUAGGGUAAACCAUGAUUGCUACAGAAUCUUUGGCCUAAUAGGGAUUGGAGGAGACUGCAGCCAGCUAGCUGGAAUGUACCUUUUCUGAAUGUGCAUCCAGAAAUGUUACUGGGAAAAAGACUGCAGGAUCAGUGUGUUCAUGAAUCUGAUGAUCUCCAGGCAUGUUUAUCUUCUGUGGCCAAAGUAACUGUCAGUUAAAAUUAUCAAGAGGUUUUGUGGAUUUCUGUAGCCUUUUAUGUAUUCACCUAAAGACCAUUGAUGUCCAGGUAGGGAAACAAAGAUAAAGAAAAGGGGUAUGUAUAAGAAAAAUUAAAAAUAACUUUAUAAAGUACUACCUAUAGAGUAGGUAUGUGGCUUUACUGAUAGUGUUCUUAUUGAUUUGAAUCAGUUAUUUAUUGUUUGGUGUAUUUGAUAUCACUGAGAAAAAGUGACUUCUGGAGGAUGUGAUGUCAUGGAUUGAAUGUAAAGUUGCCAAACCUAUUUUCCAAAAAGUGUUGGAAUACAGAUUUUUCAAAUUUUGAACCAUUCCUUAAAAGUUUUUAUAAGUAAACCACAUAUUUCAAAUCUCUCCCUGCACCUCAAAUCUCUCUAAGUAACCAUUGAUUUGCAUUCCGUUUUCAUGGACAACUUUGCAUUUAAUAGAGUUUAUAUGAUGGGAAUCAAAGUAGUUUUUCUACUUUUAUUUAUGUUAUGUAAAUACUUGAGUUUUAGUAAUGAUAUAUUUGUAGUUGAUCUUCUUUGUUUAGAAUUAUCCC